GGUGUGUUUCGCUUCCGACUCAAACUACAGAUCGCCCCCGCCGUCACCGCUAUCCACCACUCUUCCUUUUGUCCGACCGUUCCCCCCUCCUUUUGUCCGCCGUCUCAAUUCCAUGCAAUUCAAUUCGGGUAUCUCGUAUAUUUUAGGGUUCUCUCCUCUUUUUUCCUUUUUCUUCUUUUACUUUUGAUCUUUGGAUCUCCUCCCCGCAAAUGAAACUGAUCUAUUGAUUGAUUGUGUGGUGUUGGCGUUUGCUGUCAUAACUGAAAGCUAUCAAUUAUUGGUUGGUUUCUUUGUGUUUUUUUUUGGUUAGCUUAAAUUGUAUUGCUGUUGGAUAUUCCAAAAUAAUAAAAAUAUUAUUAUUAUUUAAAAAAAAAAAAAAAAAAGAGCAAGGAAGAAGGAAUUAUGUCUUCUGCGUAUGAGAAUGUGGUCGGAGGAAAGCUGAAACUGAAGGGAAAGGCCCUAGAUGUGAAGGCUGCUUCUGGGAUAAGGAAGAAGAAGAAUAAGAAGAACAAGCAGCUGGAGAAUGACAACAAGAAUCAUCAAUUGACUGAACAUUUCGACGACGACCAUGAGGCCGCCGCUGCCGCCAAGGAUAAUGACCUGCUUUCAGCUGGUGGAAGUACUGAAGAAUUAACUGAUCCCAGCCAAGAAGAAGAAGUUGGUGAUGCUAGCAAAUCUGCAGGAGAAAAUGUUGCUCGUUGGGAUGAUCAUCUUACCCCAGCUGAGAGACGUUAUGUCGAGCAAAGGGCUAAAAUUGACAUGCGUAGAUUGGCCAAGACAGCUAAUAAAUCACACCGUGACCGAAUUCAGGACUUCAAUCAGUAUCUAGCUAAUAUGAGCGAGCACUAUGACAUCCCUAAAGUUGGACCUGGUUGAGUACAGCAGCAGACUAAUAUAAGAGCUGAAAAUACCAUGUAGUGAUAAUCUUGCUUGUGAAACAAUUGUCUGAAAACGAAUGUUUCUUAGUUCGAGCUUCUUAAUAUGAAAACUCUCGCCUUCAUCUUGCUUUCCGUGGCAGAAUACCUUUUUCUCACAGUUAUCCUGAACUAGUAUUCUUCAACUCUGACAACAAUGUCCGGUCAUUAUUUCCUGAUGGUUUCCAAUUUUGAUAAAGCCUGCGUUCUGAUCUGUAA